AGCCGUGAGGGGUAUAAGGGCAGGCGGCCGCCGCCAUCUUUCUCUCGGUACCGCGCAGCCAUGGGUCACCAGCAGCUCUACUGGAGCCACCCCAGGAAGUUCGGACAGGGCUCCCGCUCUUGCCGCGUGUGCUCCAACCGCCACGGCCUCAUCCGCAAAUACGGGCUCAACAUGUGCCGGCAGUGCUUCCGCCAGUACGCCAAGGACAUCGGCUUCAUCAAGCUGGACUGAGCCCGCGAGGAUGAGGCGGCAGCCAGGAGCUCCCGCGGCCUCCCUGACUGACACAUCUGCAGCGUCUCGCCUCAGCCUUACUUAAUAAAUGAUCUCCUAACCCA